CUGCAGCGCCGGCUGUAGCAGGAGUCACAGUGAACAUGCUGUCGCACCCUGGAGGCACGAGAUCGCGAACUCUGAUUGGGUUUAGAUCUCCAUUUUGGUGCUGCAUAUAAAUGAUUUCAACCUGCUGUGAGUAAAGAGCAGAGCGAGAGGGGGAGUUAUUUUUCAGGCUGAAUCUGCUUGCUGCUGCUUUGCUAAUUUUAACCUGCCAAGAGCUCAAGGACGUAAACCAACGUUAUAAAACCAAAGAGAAGACACAACAUGUCUCCAGCGGCACUUUGGUGAGACCCUCGCCUAAACUUGGGCUUGUAUCUCCGUGAGAUUACAAGGGUGCUGUCUUAAAGUUCUGUAUGAGUUCACGAUCUCGAGCCUCCAAGGCGCAACAGCAUGUCCACUGUGACUCCUGCUAUAACCGACGUUGCAGAGCACGGGUGGAGGUCUCCGUGUCCUGUGCGGUCAUCCCUUGCCGCCUUCACUGUGGGGCUCUCUUCCACCUGUGCAAAGAGGAGGAUCACCUGCUGCUCUGCCCUAAUGUGAGGGUGCCCUGUCUGAACGCUGGCUAUGGUUGCUCUCUUCAGCUGCCCCGGUCCUCACAGGCAGCUCACCUCCAGGUGUGUCCAGCCAGCGUGGUGUGCUGUACCAUGGACUGGCUACGCUUCCCAACUGAUGAAACCAACCCACACAGCAACAUAGCCCUGCAGCAGAACUUAAUGAAGGAAAUUGAAGGGCAGGGGGAGGCUCUGGAUCUGGCCAUGGCCUUAGUGGAUCAGACUGACCUGUACGACCGCCUGAAAAUGAAGCCACUCUACCCAGAGUUGAUGGAGGAAGAAGAAGAGGAGGAAAUAUUUGAUGAGAAGGGAGAGGAGACGGCAGUGGGAGGGCUUAUUAAUGGUGCUGCUGAAGAUGAUACCAGUGAAGAACUCUGUACAUCAGUCCCUGCAGCAGAGGAGUCUCCAGGGAACUAUGUGUGUACGCGACCAGACACCACCAUCAACUUAGAAAACUACAACCUGUGUGAGAUGAUGUUUGGCAUGGAGAGAGGCGCCUGUGCUGUUGCUCAGGCCACCCUAGACGAUCCAAAACAAAACCCAAAACAUGGUGGUAAGGCAACCCAGAAGCAGCAGGAUGGUGCCCUGAGAAAAAAUGGAGCUACAGAGAAAGAUGGUGCAACUGCAGACAAGAACUGUCCUCAGCCAGACACAAGUAAGACAGGGCUUGCCCCGUGGCAGGAGGGGGUGCUUGAGCGUCUGCAGAAGGAGCUUACCCCACAGGAGUACAACAUGUAUGUGGUGCAUCAUGGGCGCAUGCUGGUCAGCUUUGGACAAAUUGCGGCCUGUACUCCAAGGGAGAAAGAUUUUGUGUAUGGCAGCCUGGAGCCUAUCCCAGUACAGACCCUACGGUCUUUCAAGGUCCCGGACAGCUAUCACUACAGGCGGCGGGUUCACCUAUACGACACGGCUGCACGAGCUCAGAGUGAAACUCGCUGUGUGGACACAUCAGACCUCGGAGCCAGUGAGGAGGACUGGUUCAUUGAUGAAGCAGAGGCCACACUAUUGGGCUACGCUGAGGAGGCUGUGAUGGGUCACAAAAUCAGCCAGCCAAAAUCAUAUGAUGGACUCUACAAUGACGUGGGAACGCAGACGUACUCAUUCCGCACAGCUCCGUUCAAAAGGAAGACGACGCUGGCAGAGGUGAUGGUGGACAAACAGCUGAAACUUCGUCUUGAGCUGCAGGCAGAGAGUGUGAACAACAGACACAACAGAGCCAACUGCGUGUUCACAUACCUCUGUGGUCACACCUUCCACCGCAGAGAGCUUGCCACACACUUCAGGAAUGUUCACAGUGACAUCCAGACAGGUCUGAGCGGAUGGUUCGAGCAGAGAUGCCCUCUAGCGUACCUUGGCUGCACCUACAGCCAGAAACGAUUUCAUCCCUCCACACAUAAAGCCACUGUCUACUACAAUAAGCGGCUGAGGACCUUCAACCUGCGUCCGACGCUGGAAGCCUCAGAGGUUAACGACUCCCAGUCAAAGAGCUCAGCAGACUUCUCUGCUCUGAUAAGAAGAGGACAAUCAGGAGGAGAGGAGGACUCCCUGAGCUGUCUCCCCUAUGAGGUUCUGUGCCACAUGGCCAGUUUCCUGGACAGUCUGUCCCUGUCCCAGCUGGCUCUGGUGUCGAAGCUCAUGAGGCAGGUAUGCUGGUCUCUGCUGCAGGAGAGAGGGAUGAUCACUCUCCGCUGGGAGAGAAAGGCCGACUCAACUCGACCAUCCAAGUGGAAGGCCAAACCUGUGUGGGAGUUUAGUCAUCUCUUCUCCCCAGUGGACUCGUGGCAUAUGGCGGACAUCCCUCCAAUAUCUGCUCAUCUAAAAGUCUGUCCUUAUUAUGAGACCUCUCUACAGAGUGAGCGUAUUCCCCUCCCCAGCAUGAGUGAGAAACAGGGGAGCAGCCAGGAGAGGAUUAGUCUUGUCAACCAUUUCACAAGAAAAAGAUGGCAACAAUGAUACAAGGCAAUUUAAUUACACCUGCUGUGUGAACACUAAAGAAAUAUGUGUAUGUCAAUAACAAUUGUGGCUAUAUCACACAUAUGCAUACGCACAGAAGAGUGUUUUAUAACCAGUUUAUGACAAAACACCACACGUAAAUGAAUUCAGCUUGAACCUGCAAAAUAUUGCUCUUUGUGCUUCAUUAUUAACCAGUACAACUCAUGACAGCUUGAGUUCAUUCAUUGCCAUAUCAAAAAAUAAUUUAAUAAAUGACUAAGACUUGUUUGAACUGCCUCACUGAUUCCCCCAUUCUUGGGAAAACCUCCUGAGGAAACACAAUGAAUAUUCAUAGACAUAUGCUGGACAAAUAGUGCUGUAUGAGGGAUAAUUAGUGCCACACUGACAGUGCAUACUGGUUCAGAUAAGACAUUUGAAGAUGUACAUCACCUUGGCUUUUAUAAAACUGCAUUUAAAAAUAUCCAGUUCUUUUCUGACAUUACCUGAACAAAUUAAGUAAUAAAUGCCAACUAAAUUAAACUAGAUUUUAGGGGAAUUCCUACUCUGAAUAUUUACUGACGUCGUUUAGGGGAAAGACAAGAUUUAUGCAGAUCUUUCACUAAAUGCUAGUACAUGUGAAAGUGCAUCAGUGUCAAUGUAUUCCUUUUACUUCAAUACUGAAAUCUCAUCACAUAACAGGAAAUUUUCACUUCACCCUAUCAAAUUUAUUAGAACAAUAACAAAAGAUGAAAAAAUGAACAUUAUAGAUUGACUCUUCAGCAUAAUUAAGUUCAAUCUGAGCUCCCAGAAUUUUUUUCUGCCAGUGUGUGAUGACACUUAUAUACUGUGACUAAAGUCAACCAAUACACCACAAGAUCAAUUUUCCAACUUUCAGCCUGAUUCCUCCUUUGACCAAAGACAGCGAAGACCUGAUGUUGGUCAAACUAGUCAGAUGAAAAUUUUGUUCGUUUUACAGAAAAAGCAUUGUCCUCUUUUCAUUUUAUUCUGCUUAUCUGAUAAAAUAACAACAAAUAUUUAUGAAAUAGUAACUACUUUUUGUAGAAAGAAUAAUUUAAAAUAUAAAUAUUAAAGAUAAAUUUAGAAAACUGUGAAACUCAGAGAUUAAAUACUAAAGAUGAGUAAAAGAAAAAGUGUAAAAAUGCUUUUAUUUACAGAAUACCAGAAUUAGCUAACUGAAAACUUGACAUUCAUCUUGAAUUAAUAAAAUAAAAAGUAAAAUACAAUUUAAUGUCUCUGACAGAGUCGACAAAAUCAAGAUAUGACCGGUAAAAAAGUCACAUUAAAAAAAAAAACAAAAAAACACUCUAAUUUAUAAUCUGUUCCAGUCC